AUGAGAGAAAAGUGGAGAAAAAAGAGAAUGCGAAGACUCAAGAGAAAAAGACGUAAGGCACGUAAGUGAUAUAAGAAUGUGAUAAAUAUAUAAAUAUUUAAUCGAACAUUUUUUUAAUUCAAUUUUUAUCAAUUCUUUGA